ACAUUGUUCGCAGUGACAUUGCCCUGGAUAAGCAGAAAGGCUGUAAGAUCGCCCAGCAUCCUGACAUAAUGUUGGAGCUACAGAGGGAAAAGGCAGCUCAGAUGCACUUGGUUUUGUUAAAGGAGCAGUUUUCAAACACAUACAGCAACCUCACAUUAACAGCCAGGUCUCUAGACAAACUCUAUAACUUUGCUGACUGCUCUGGCCUUCACCUGAUCUUUGCACUGAAUGCUUUGCGCCGAAAUCCCAACAACUCCUGGAACAGCUCCAAUGCUCUCAGCCUGCUGAAGUACAGUGCCAGCAAGAAGUACAACAUCUCCUGGGAGCUGGGCAACGAGCCCAAUAACUAUCGGACACUGAUCGGCCGCUCAGUGAACGGCAGCCAGCUGGGGAAGGACUACAUCCAGCUGAGAAGCCUGCUGCAGCUUAUCCGCACUUAUUCUAGAGCAAACCUCUAUGGGCCGAACAUUGGGAGGCCCAGAAAGAAUGUCAUCGCUCUCCUGGAAGGGUUCAUGAAAGUGGCUGGCAGCACAGUGGAUGCCGUUACCUGGCAACAUUACUACAUUGAUGGCCGAGUGGCCAAAGUGACGGACUUCUUGAAAACACGCCUGUUAGACACACUCUCUGACCAGAUCAGGAAAAUCCAGAAAGUAGUGAACACGUACACACCAGGGAAGAAGAUCUGGCUGGAAGGUGUUGGUGCAACCUCAGCUGGGGACAUGAACAACCUCUCCGAUUCCUAUGCAGCUGGAUUCCUGUGGCUGAACACACUGGGCUUGCUGGCCAGCCAGGGCAUUGACGUGGUGGUGCGGCACUCCUUCCUCGACCACGGCCACAACCACCUGGUGGACCAGAACUUCAACCCCUUGCCG